AUGUCUCUUCAAUCUCAAAUCAUUUUGGGAUUUCUUGCUAUCAUAGCUUUUGUCACCAUGGUAACUGCUCAAGGUUGGACAGAUGCUCAUGCGACAUUUUAUGGUGAUAUGAAGGUGGGAGCUUGCGGGUACGAUACAUUUAAAGAAGGAUAUGGACUGCAAACAACAGCUCUAAGCACAGCCCUAUUUGAAAGUGGUGCAAAGUGUGGAGCUUGUUUUGAAAUCCAAUGUGCAAACUCACAAUGGUGCAAACAAGGUGCUGGUACAAUCAAAGUCACAGCCACCAACUUAUGCCCUCCUUCAACUGGCCCUGCAGCAUGGUGUAAUCCUCCAUUACAACACUUUGAUUUAACUGAAUUAAUGUUUGUAACAAUCGCUGAGUAUAAAGCCGGAAUCGUUCCGGUUCAAUAUAGAAGAGUCUCUUGUGCUAAACAAGGAGGAGUCAAGUUUUUUAUUAAUGGAAACCCUAAUUUUCUCUUGGUGUUAGUCUUUAAUGUUGGAGGUGCUGGAGAUGUUACAAGCAUGAAGAUAAAGGGUUUGAGCAAUACUUGGACUACAAUGUCAAGAAAUUGGGGUAUGAAUUGGCAAGUUGGUGGAGUUUGGGUUAACCAAGCAUUAUCCUUUCAGGUUACUACUAGUGAUGGAAAAACAAUUGAGUUUGAUGCUGUUGCACCAUCAACUUGGCAAUUUGGUCAGUCAUUUGAAGGAAAUUCUAAUUUUUAAGAGGCCUAGGCCCUAGGGUGUGAUUCAUUGGGGAUUUUUUUUUUUAUUUCAAGAGGAUUUCAUGUAAAAUGAAUUAUUAAUAGGAUGAGUUCAAUAAUAUUCAUUCACCUUCAUUAUAUGUUUUCUUGAUCUUUAAUUACGCUCAAAGGAAUAAUUUAUUUUGAUGAUUUGGAUUAUUCUCUCAUAGGUAAAUUUCUUAUUUAUACUUUUUCACAAGAUAGAAGAACUAACUUUCAAUACGUAGUUUAUUCAUUAUUUUUAUAUUAUCCUUUAGAAAUAUGUUCACAAGGUACCCUAGUUAGCAUGUACAACUAAAAUACAAGCCACAAGGUAUGAGGUAGGUAUAGGUAUCUCCAUAAUUUUAUAAAGCCAUCGAGUACCUUACAAUAGUGCUUGACUACUAACCAAGUUAAAACAAGAUAAAACCACAAUAGGUAAAUUUAUG